AUGGUGAGACCAUUGAAUGCUACUCCAAGAAAUAGGAUUAGGUCACCUAUUCCGGAAGAAUCUCUUCUAAGAACGGAUGAGAAAAACAAGAUAAAGCAAUUUCUCACUUCAUCAUGCAAUGUUCUACACAUUUCUGGCAAUCCAGGAACAGGAAAAACCAUGACCGUAAAAUAUGUCCUAAAGAACGAGAAAUACACCUAUAUAAAUUACAUGGUGGACCAAAAAUUCUUUGUAAGAUACAAAAUUGUAGUUUUCGAUGAAUUUGACAGAUUCUAUCUGGCGAAGAAAAACGAGUGCCAAACUUUUCUUCUUAAGCACAAAAACAAGAAAAUCAUCACAAUCUCAAAUAAUAUGCUGUUUGAUUGCGACCUCUUGAUUUUUAGGCCGUACACAAAGAACGAAAUACUCUACAUCGUCAGAAAAAAGCUUAACUGCGAACGAAUCAGCAACGAUGUCAUCGAAUACAUCAGUCUUAGAGAGAAAAAUGAUCUAAGAAAAAUAAUGUGUGCAUGCAACGAACUUCUGCUAAAGAAUAGCAGCACGAUUACAUUUAAGGACAUUGCUGUAAAAAAGAAGCGAAAGGAAAGCAUUCAUCAGCAGAUCAUACAUGAGCUGAAGAAGAACUUCAGAAUAAAAGAAGAAGCAUUUAAAAAUUACCUAAUGAGAUGCAAGGAAUUGAAUGUAGACAGCUUAAGCCGGCCAGAUUUUACAUCCGUGUAUGAAAAUUUUGAAUGAAUCAUUCACUCGAUUGCGUAGUCUUGGGAAUGCAAAACAAUCCACAUCUCAUUGCUUACGAUCUACGUCUCGGAACGAAGCAGUAAAAAAAAUCAUUACUAUCCCUAAUAUGAGCACUCAAUUAAAACACUAGGACAUGAAGCGCUAUUUUGUCGGUGUUAGGGGGUUGUG